AUGUCUAUGGCGCAGUCCGAGAGAACUCGCAAAAGGAGUAAAAGGCUCCUACGUAACCUGUCACUACCAAUAUAUUGUAUGAGUCAGAAGGUAGAAAAACCAGUAUUAUCGGGUCAACGGAUCAAGACCAGAAAAAGAGAUGAGAAAGAGAAGUACGACCCCAACGGGUUCCGCGACGCGCUGGUGCAGGGUCUGGAGCGCGCCGGCGGCGACCUGGACGCCGCCUACAAGUUCCUAGACGCGGCCGGCUCCAAGCUCGACUACCGCCGCUAUGGGGAGGUCAUCUUCGACGUGCUCAUCGCGGGCGGCCUGCUGCUCCCCGGUGGGUCGGUGUCGAUGGACGGGGAGAGCCCGAAGACCAACACGUGCAUCUUCGCCGCCAGCGAGGAUAUGGAGACCAUGCGCAACUUCGAACAGGUGUUUGUCAAGCUUAUGCGUCGGUACAAGUAUUUGGAAAAGAUGUUUGAGGAAGAAAUGAAAAAGGUUCUGGUUUACUUGAAAGGCUUUGAACCUAUGCAACGUAUCAAAUUGGCACGGAUGACUGCUCUAUGGAUUGGCAACGGGUGCGUGCCGCCGUCGGUGCUGCUGGUGCUGGUGAACGAGCACCUGCUGAAGGACAACCUGGCGCUGGAGUUCGUGCUGGAGGUGUUCUCCACCGUGAAGGCGGAGCGCGGCGUGGCCUCGCUCGUCACCGCCCUCAAGCGGGGCCAGCUCGAGGGCAGGCUGCUGGAGUUCCUGCCGCUGAACCGGCGCAGCGAGGAGGUGCUGGCCGCGUCGUUCGCGCCGCGCGGCCUGGCCGAGCUGCUGCGCCUGCACCGCGCCCAGGCCUCGCAGGAAGCACGCAGAGAACUGACCCAGGCGCUGUUGGACGAGCUGGCGGAUGAGAAGCCGGUGCGCGAUCUCAUACAGGAGCUCCGCGAUAUGGCGCAGAAACACUCCAUACCGGACCACGAAGUCGUCGCAAUUAUCUGGCAGUGCGUGAUGUCGCGCGGAGAGUGGAACAAGAAGGAGGAGCUGCUGGCGGAGCAGGCGGCGAAGCACCUCCGCCUGUACACCCCACUCCUGGCCGCAUUCGCCCAGUCCGCCAAGGCGGAGAUUGCGCUCUUGACCAAGGUGCAAGAGUACUGCUAUGAGAACAUGAGCUUCAUGAAAGCGUUCAGCAAACUGGUGCUGAUGCUGUACAAGACCAACGUGCUCUCCGAGGAGGUGAUCCUCAAAUGGUACCGGGAGCCCAACUCCAGCAAGGGCAAGGUCAUGUUCCUCGAUCAGAUGAAGAAGUUCGUCGAGUGGCUCCAGAGCGCUGAAGAGGAGUCCGAGAGCGGCGAAGACGAAGAU